UGGACCGUGCACUUGAGUUUAUCACCUCUAUGCCUGUGGGACCUGGGCCGAGCAUCUGGGGGGCCCUCUUGAACGCAUCCACACUACAUGGGAACGACAAGAUGCGUGAGUUGUCGUACAAGUUUCUUGUUCAGAUGGAACCAGACAAUCCAUCCAAUUAUGUUUCCCUUUCGAACUUAUAUGCUUCUUCCCAGAGAUGGGAUGUUGUUUCAGAAGUUAGAAGGUUGAUGAAGGAGAGAGGAAUGAAGAAAUUGCCUGGAUGCAGUUGGAUUGACAUCAAGAAAGAAACUCAUUGCUUUUAUAUUGCUGACAGGGCACAUCCCUGCUGUGAUAUCAUUUAUGAGAGGUUGGAUGAACUUAGUUCAAUGAUGAAGCAAACUGGUUUGGAGCCUGCGUUUGAGAGUGGGAUAACGCUGUGUGAAUGAUGACUUGAUCUACUAAUGAGCUCCAUGAAUGGUUGAUGAAAGUUUGAGGGAAGCUCUUUAUCCUGAUAAAAAUAAUUCAUUAUCUGCAGACAGACUCGCUAGUUACAAGGCAUUAGUGGAUAUUCGCAAGCUCAUUGAGCAUGAAAUGGAAAAUUUUAAAAUGUGCGAGAAAGAAACACAGACCAAUGCAUUUUCCUAGGCUUGGGCAAUCAACCAAAGACGGUUAGUGUGCUUGAAAAAUUAAAUCGAUAGCUUUGGAGCUGAACUGGAAGGACGUAGUUUUAAAAAAGGGAAAUCAAAGCCACUAAGAAUGACUCAUUUGGAGACAUCAAUUACUUGGCACAGGGCACAUUAUAUCUUGAGUCCAGAGCAAAUCAAAGAUGUCAAAAAUUUCCUGGACGACUAUGUGGAAUGCAAUCAAGUUGCACUUGUUGAUUAAGAUUAUUGUGUUUAAUAAGUUUUCUAUUUAUGCCUAUAAUAAUGUUGAUGGCAUGUUUUUUAAGUAAAUGAGUAUGGUGUUUUUUAUUUAUAUAAUGAUGGCAUGUUUUUUUAAGUAAAUGAUGAUGGUAUGUUAAUUGAAGAAUGUUGGUAAAGACACAAAUAAGCUGUUAUGCGGUGUUUAAUUCCGGGGCAUUUGAAGCACAACAAAAAUCAAUGAAAACCCUCAGAAGAGAACAGAACAUGAAAACUUUUUUGAGAAACUUUUCUUAUUAAGCGUCAAUGGAAAAUAUCUUCAGAGAAUUUAACUUGAAAAGUUAGUUGAGUACUUUUAUUCUUCUUACUAUUCCUUGUAUGUCAUUAAGUUUGUAACUUCAGUGAUAUUUUAAGUGUGAACUUAAUUACAAUCUGCCUCAAUUUUUUUUUUUGCUGAAGUACAACUGUAAAAUGUAAAAGGUGAAAACAUAAGAUACUCUGCCAAAGUAUUAGUUGUAACUUGUAAGAAUAAAAAUCCUAAGGUUAAUCCAAAUUCGUCGUUAUAAAAAGUGAUAAAGAGAAUACCAUAUAUUGUGACAUAUGCAUCCUGAUUUUUUUUUCUGUCAAAUUUUAGGAUGACUUUGAUGAGUUUGGUGAUGCUGAUGAGGUUUAUAGCUCUCUACCUGUGGAUAAGGUUGAGGUUCUUGAAGAUCUAGUCACCAUUGGUGCCACUGGUCCUGCCAAGAUGUUGGAGUCAUAGGAAGAGAGUAAGAGGAGGAAACUGCAGAGGAGGAAAUAAGGUGCAAGCCGGUCUCUAACAUUUAAGCUUUGUCAAACAAUGCAUGGCAUUGCCCUUACAUGAAUGGAGCGAAACAACCAUUGAGGAGUGGAUUGGCAUAUCAAGCUUAUUCUUACCACGUCUUUUUAGAGAAUAUUUAUAAUGCAAAAUGCGUUUUACAAUUUCAAAAAUAGUUCAAAUGUAAAACAUUGUUAUUCCUGUGACAUUUUAUUUUUGAAGCCAUUUUAUCCUAAAUUAUAUUCCUUGUAUAAUUGAUAUAUAAGGAAUAUGUAAUCAAACAUACCGGAUGAAUUUGCUCACUUUUUAAUAUUUACUUAGAGGUUUCUUUAGGUGGGAG